AUGGUGCAUUCAGCCAAGCAAGUUCUUCGUCAACAACUUCGUCAAGUAUUGAAACUGAUGACGAAUGAGGAUCGUGUUCGUCAAUCUAAUCAUAUAACAAAUCUUCUUCUUCAUCAUCCGAAGUAUCUCGCGGCCAAAUCGAUUUCAAUCUUUGUUCACAUGAAUACUGAAGUGUCAACUCGAGAUAUUAUUCAACAUGCUUUCAUUACUCACAAACAUGUUUUCAUUCCACGUUAUACACCAACAUCGAUGGAUAUGGUUCGUGUCUAUUCAUUAGAUGAUCUGGAUUCAUUACCAAUGACGAAAUGGCACAUCCGACAACCGUCGUUGGAAGAUACGACUCGAGAAAUAGCUGACAACAACAUCGAUCUUGUCAUCGUACCUGGUUUAGGUUUUUCAUUAGAUGGAUCUCGUCUUGGACAUGGAAAAGGAUACUACGAUAGAUACUUAGAGUCGUUAAGUCAACACUCCUAUACAAUUGGCUUAGCAUAUCGUCAGCAAUUAGUGGAAAACAAUGAAAUACCAAUGAAUCCAACUGAUGUUCGUAUUCAAGAAAUUCUCGUUGCACAAAAAAAUUAA